AUGGGCACCUUCUCCAUCCUCCCCGAAAGCCUGUCUUUCAUCGAGACCUGGCUCGCGCGCAUCUUCUUCGUCCUCGCGCUCCUGACUCUUGGACCGUGGUUGAUCCUCUUGGCAUACGACUUGCUGCUCUACAUCUGGCGCUCCGUGACUUACGAGAUUCCCUACUUCGGCGGGCGGGCGCGCGGAAAGCGACGCCCGCGAGUCCCUAGUCUCACCGACAGAUCUCGGGGGCAUGUGCGCAAUAUCAGCUUGCCGAAGAUGUUUCGCUCGCAUGACGAGCAGGCCCAGGAGAUCACUGGAGCGUCGAGGAGUGAUGCAGUCCCGAUGGUUCAACCUGCCCGGCCUGCGUAUACUUCGACACACGAUGAUUGA